AACCCUGGACCGAGACCCGACCGCCUUUACGACACCGGGCUGGGCGAGCCGGAUGUCCUAAAGCAGCCACCGUAGCUCCGCGCGGGUGAGACGGCUUUCUUGCGACAGCACGUGGGGGAGUCGGGGAGGCGCUUGACGGCCAGGCGUGGCGAAGAGGCGCCGGGUGUCCCUAGGAGCCAGGCUUAAAACUUGAGGCGCGCUCGAGAUGGAGGCGAAGGCAGCGGCAGCCGUCGAGCGGGUGUUGCCGGCCUCUCCCAACUGGUACUGCAGCCGGUGCAGCGACUCCUCCAAGGAUGGGCGCCUCUUCGGCUUCGCGGCUCGCCACGCCGUGUACCUCCUGGAGGUCCGCGGCGCGGCGCCCUCCUUCUACGGGGAGCUAGCUAGCCACACUGAAAGAGUUUCUGGAUUCUCGUUUUGUCCACACUCUGGUCAGAAUAACUACUGUGUUAGUAGCUCUGAUGAUGGAACUGUGAAAAUCUGGGAUGUACAUACAUUGACUGUUGUGACGGAACAUAUGCUGCACCAGAAUACAAUUACGGCAUUGCACUGGUCACCCAAAGUGAGUGACUUGGUUGUGUCUGGUGAUGAGAAGGGAAUAGUAAUUUGCUACUGGCAUAAUCGAAAUGACAGCCAACAGUUCUUCCCAGAGCCCAGAAUCAUAUUCUGUCUCACUUGUUCUCCACACCAUGAAAAUCUGGUGGCAAUUGGUUACAAAGAUGGAAUUGUGGUUGUUAUCGACAUCAGUAGAAAGGGAGAUGUUGUCCAUCGCUUGAGAGGUCAUGACGAUGAAAUACAUUCCCUAGCUUGGUGUCCUGUGCUUGGUGAGGAAGUUGUAUGCAAUCGACAAGAGGAGGUCCAAGCUUCACUUCUAAGCACUGCUGAAGGUGUGACAGAAGAAGCAGCUGUAACAAAAGGCUACUGCUUAGCCUCUGGAAGCAAAGAUCAGACCAUUCGUGUAUGGAGCUGUACUAGAAACAGAGCGGUAACCACGCUGAAAUUACCCUUCUUGAAAAGAAGAGGUGGAAGCAUUGAAUCAGCUGUGAAAGAGCGUCUCUGGUUAACAUUGCACUGGCCCCAACAUCUGCCUACACAGAUCUUUUCCAGCUGUUUUGGAGGUGAACUGCUACAGUGGGAUUUGACCCAACCUGGGAAGCGGAAGUGGGAGCUUCUAGGGGCUUCAUCAGAAGGACAGAACCAUUCCAGAAUCGUGUUCAAUUUGUGUGGCCUGCAAACAGAGAACCAACAGUUACUUCUUUCCACUUCAAUGGACAGGGACGUAAAAUGUUGGGACAUGACAACUUUAAAUUGCUGCUGGACAGUACCCUCUCUUGGGGGAUUUGUUUACAGUCUGGCCUUUUCCCCUGUGGACACAGGCUGUCUUGCUGUAGGAGUUGGAGACAGCAUGCUCAGGGUGUGGAACACCUUGUCCAUUAACAACCAAUAUGAUGUAAAAACCUUCUGGCAGGGCAUUAAAUCCAAGAUCACAGCUUUGUCUUGGCACCCAACAAAGGAAGGCUGUUUAGCCUUUGGAACAGAUGAUGGGAAAGUUGGUAUCUAUGACACUUACUCUAGCAAGCCCCCACAGAUCUCCAGUACUUUCCACAAGAAAACUGUGUAUACAUUAGCAUGGGGACCUCCUGUUCCUCCACUGUCUUUUGGAGGAGAUGGUGAUAGGCCUUCGGUAACCCUAUACAGCUGUGCGGGAGAAGGAAUUGUCUUCCAGCACAACCCUUGGAAACUUAGUGGAGAAGCUCAUGACAUCAACAAAGUCAUUCGGGAAACCAACUCAGUCAAAUACAAAUUACCAGCACACACAGAGAUCAGCUGGAAGCCUGAUGGCAGCACCUUGGCUAUUGGUAAUGAAGAUGGAUCAAUUGAAAUAUUUCGGGCUCCGGACUUGAAACUAAUGUGCACCAUCCAGCAGCACCACAAACUCAUCAAUGCUAUUCGCUGGCAUCAUGACCAUGGGACGCAGCCAGAACUGAGUUACAUGAUAGCUUCUGGCUCAAACAAUGCUGUCAUUUAUGUGCAUAAUCUCAAGAGCAUCCUAGAGAGUUCUCCAGAGAAGCCUGUGACAAUAACUGAGCCCUUUCGUACCUUGGCUGGGCACACAGCUAAGAUCACUAGCAUAUCCUGGAGCCCACAUCAUGAUGGAAGACUGGUAUCUGUUUGCUAUGAUGGCAGUGCCCAGGUUUGGGAUGUUCUAAAGGAAGAGCCUUUGCACAAUUACAGAGGGCACCGGGGCCGGCUGCUCUGUGUGCAGUGGUCACCGGUGGAGGCGGACUCCGUUUAUACUGGAGCUGAUGACUUUUGUGUUCAUAAAUGGAAACCCACAAAGCAAGAGCACAGCCGCCCUCCCCAAGGUAAGAAGAGCAUUGAAUUGGAGAAAAAGAGAAGCACUCAACUCAAAGUAAAAGCCAAAAAGAAGAAGAAACCACCAGGGAAGUUGCCUCCAACUCAGGAAGUGAGUGAUUGGGUAAAUGGUGGAGACCACGUGAAAGAAACUUUGUUAGAGGAGGAUGGGAUUUCAGACCAAGAGGGAGAAAAGGAAGAGCAGGAAAUGGCUGAAGGAAUAGCUGUGGAAGCUAACAAAGAUUCAGCUAUAUGUCAACCACCUGCUUAUGGGCCAGAUACCAUAAAACCUUCUGUAAUCCUCAAAACUCCAGUUACAAGGAGAGAGCAGAUAAAGCUAGGGUCAGAUGCUUCUGUGAAGAGGAAAAAACCUCGCUCCAUCCUACCACUCAGCACAUCGAUGGACCACAGGUCAAAAGAGGAGCAGCAUCAGGACUGUUUGAGAAUAGCUAGGUUCUUACAUUCCAAAGAUCUGAAUGAAGAUUCAACAUCAUCUUUAAGGGAUCCUUUCCAUUUGGGGCUCUUCACAGAUAGGCCUGCUCUAUAUAAGAUGUUGGAAGCAGAAGGAAAAAGUCAUUUAGAAAAUGGACACCCAGAGUUGUUUCAACAGCUCAUGUUAUGGAAAGGAGAUCUGAAAGGUGCGCUUCAGUCAGCUGCUGAAAGGGGAGAAUUGACGGAUCAGCUGGUGGCCAUCUCACCAAUGGCUGGUUAUCAAACCUGGUCAUGGACAGUAGAAGCCUUCGUAAAGCAGCUUUGUUUUCAAGAGCAGUACGUGAAGGCUGCUUCCCAUCUCCUCUCUCUCCACAAAGUGUAUGAAGCUGUCGAGCUAUUGAAAUCACACAGUUUUUUCAGGGAAGCUAUUGUAAUUGCCAAAGCUAGAUUGCGUCCUGAGGAUCCUGUUCUGAAGGAUCUAUAUACCAACUGGGCAGCAGUGCUGGAGAAGGAUGGCCAUUAUUCCACCGCAGCCAAAUGUUACUUGGGAGCUGCCUCUUCCUAUGAUGCCGCCAAAGUGCUUUCUAAAAAAGGAGAUACCACCUCUCUGAAAGCUGCUGCUGAACUGGCUUUGAUAGCUGGAGAGAAAGACCUUGCAAUGACAUUCUCCUUCAGAUGUGCCCAGGAACUCCUGUCUUCCAAGAACUGGGUGGGGGCACAGGAGGUCCUUCAGCAGCAGGAGGAUUUGUUGGGGCAAAGAUUAGUGUGCUGCCUUAAUGAAUUACUUCACAAGUGCCUUAACGAAAGGAAUCUGGUGGAAAGCCGGAACCUGUCCAUACCUUGCUAUAAUACUUGGCCAGUGAAGCAAGACGGCUCUUUCAUGGAAACAGUACUCAGUGUAUGGAAGAGCAUAUUUGGUGUGAAUACUGUGGCUGAACUGCAGAAAGCAUUUGAACAGCUGAGAACCAUUGAGUAUCCUCCUGCAACUAGCAACACUCAUCCCAGACAGCUGCUGUUCCAUAUUUCUCAUGAUCUGUCCCUGGCACUUCUGAGUCUUGAGAUGCCAUGCUGGGAGGAGGCAGUGAAAGCUCUUCUUGGAGCUGUGACCAGGAGCUAUGAUGCUGGAAACUUUAGCCUUAUGCAAGAAAUCUGCAGCCUCUUCCUUCCUGCAGGCUGCAGUCAUCUGAGAGAUAAACUGGACAAGGCAAACUUAAAGAGUAUGGCAGCCUUCCAGAGUUUGGAGGCAUUUGUGGCUUAUGGGCAGCUAUAUAAUCUGUGGUGGAACAUGCCUGUGGCUUCUCUUGCUUCGGAGCAACAGGGGCCCGCCAAGCAGCCCACUCUUGACCAAAGCAAUACGAGAGAAGCCUUUUUGGAUGAAGAAAUGGCAGCUGAGGCUGAAGCUAAGGCUGAAGACACCCCUUUCAAGGGCGAUUCAAAUGGCACUCUCUCAGGCAGGGAGUCACCAGCCCACUCAAGCUUAUUAGUAGAAAGACGAGUGAAACUGAAGGACUGUCAAGUGCUACUGUCAGAAGAACAUGCUGCAGUCCAGAGUAUACAGCGGGAUAUCUCUGCUGUUCAACAGAGUUUGGCUGAAAUGAUCCGCCAGCAUCAGAAAAACAGUUUCCACCAAAAUGCCACCAGCAGGCAGGAUUUGGAGGCUGAUUCUCCAGCAAGCCAGAAACAGAGUGAAGAACAAGUAAAUGAACAAAUCUCUCUGCCAGAACUGACAAAGCAACUCUCAGAAGCAAAUAAAAAACUAGCAGAGUUCCCUGAGAGUAUAACGGCAUCCCGUUUCCCUGAUGUGUUGGAAUGUUGCCUUAUUGUGAUUCUUAUGAGUGGCCAGUGCUCUGUAGUCGUGAUUCCAGAAUUGCAGCAGCAAGCAUUAGACCUGCUUAAGAAAUAUGGAGGAACACAUAUAUGCAGAGAUGCUUGCAAGAAAUUCUUCACAUGAAUCUCCAGUGGGUUUUUUUCACUUCAUGUGAAAGACUGCUUAAUUUGAAGUAUGUUUCAUUCUAGAUGGAUGAGCAGGAAGCUACUGUUAUACAGUCAGGGUGGUCAGUUAUUUAGAUUGAGUAUUGGAAAAUCGUCACUGAAAACAAGAUAAGAGAUGUUUUUCAGUGCUAUCUUUCCUCUGUUGAAGAAAAAGUAUAUGGGGAAAUUCUUCUUUUAUGUAGAUUAAAAUGUAGUGGCCACCCAUCCCACCCUUUGAGAAGUGGGGAGUUGUCAGUGAUCAAUAAAAUGUAUAUUGUAAAAGUGAAAUGUAUUAAUCAUUGGUUUUACAAAGGCCUGCAACAAAUUAAGAGUGGAUGUUGAACAGCCACUGUAGACAUUUUUGUUACUUCAUGAAAACUCAUUCCUGUGAAAAUCUUGCAGUACAGUAAUGGCCCACAUCAACAGAGUUGAUUUGUCAUAACACAAAUGGCACUGCACGAGCCUUAUAUUUAGUACUUUCCUCCCCAUCUGUGAAAGGAGGAGGCAAAAUGUGUCCAGCAUUCUCCUGUGAGGUGAACUGUUUUUGUUUUAACCAGUCAAAACCAAGUCACCAUUCAGUAUAACAGGAAAUUUAGGAGAGGUGUUGCAGUUCUUUUGUGAUUUACUAAGGUUGUCCUGACCCUUAUUUGGCUCUAAUGGAGUACUGUAAUAAAAAAUUACUGAUAAUUUUAACAAAACAAAGUUUAUGGUACAGUAUUUGCUAAUCAUCUACCUGAGUAAAUGGGUAAUUAGAAGGUUCAAAUAUUCAGGUGUUAACUUUCCAUGGGCACCUCAAAAAUCUUCAGCAGUACAAUCAGCACUAAAUACAGUAGGACUCCCUUAUCCACGGUCUAAAUAUAUUAAAAGAAAAAGUCCAGAAAAAAAAUAUUUUCACAUUACCAGAACUGAUGGCUAGAGGAAGCAAGACACUGUCCUUUGAACACUUGUUAGUGAAGAAUACAUAGCAUGGUCUCUGGCACCCUCUAGUGCCCUCUUCUGGUAAUUAUGUGAAAAUUCUAUUUUUUUUUCCUUUUUACCAUGCUCCCUCCCUCUCUCUAGUUCAUUAUCUACAAUUUUUAGUAUCCACAGGGUGGCUUGGAACCAAUCCCCAGUGGAUACGGGGCCCUCUUGUAGUGCUAAAACCAUAGGCUGUUGCAUCAAUACUAAUGCAGGGCAAUUUGUAACUAUUGCUCUGUUAGUAUUCGGAGCUAAAGCUCUGGCCUAGCUGCCAUAUGGAGUUCUAAUCACUGAACAGGUUUUUUCUUUUUAUUUUUGUGGUGUGCCCAACUGGGCUUCUAUUGCAAUAUUGCAGCAGGAAUAUUGUUGACUGAAGUUAGUGCAUGAUCUUGAGCAGAUAUGAGACUUUGAAGUUCAGCUGAAUUUGGGGGGCGGAGGAUGAAAGAGGCACUUUUCUAGGUUUUGGAUUCUUUUUUGACAGUCUCUCUGAAAUCUGAUAGUUUCAGGGUUCCAAAGAGAGGGUACUGGAAUCUCAUAUUUCCUGUUUCACAGUACUUCCAUCUUAUCAUUUAUUUAUUUAUUUAACUUAUAUGCCGCCUACACUACCCGAAGGUCUCUGGGCGGCUUACAGCAUUGUAUGCAAUGUGAUUAUGCAUUGAUAAUUCAGCAAUUAACUUUGCAGCUCUCACAAGGUGAACUGUCAGCUGCCAGUUACAAUGUCAGUAACAUCUUGGAAAGUUGUGGAGGGGGAUUUGAAUCUUUAAAAGGGCCUGGAAACUAAGUGGCUGCUCUCUAACUGCUUAGUAACUUGUUUGCUGUUGCUGAGAGAGUUCAGCAUCUCGCUGUGGUUCUUCUGCAUUUGCAUUACUUAAAUUCCUUGCUUUUCCAGUCGGCUUUUUUAAUUGAUUUUUUGGAGGGAGAUCCUCUUCUUUCCUUUAUUGCUGUCAGAAAUGUUUUUCAUCUGCAGUUUUGGACUGAAGUGGUAGUGGGGAAGAGAUGCCUCUCCAAUUCUCCAUGUUCUAUCUUGGGGCUUUCAGGGGUGCUUGAUUCUAAUACCCUUAGUGUUAAGGAAGGAAGGGGAGUUGAUUGUCAUAAUGAUUUCUUUUUCUCAUCUGUACUGUUUCCUACUGAUAAAUCGAUGAGGAAGCUGAUGUGAUAAAUGUGAACUUUCAUGUACUGUUAAGUAUCUGCAUAGCCCUGCCUUUUCCCAUGAAAUGUUGUUGCCCACUUUUGGAGUAGAUUGUUUGUUGCCUUGUCCCUGCCUUUGCUCUACCACCAGAAACCUGAAUGGAAAAACCAAAAGGAAAGAACCGGAAAGAUUUACUGAAGUGAAAGGCCAUGCUAAGUAUCUUGAGAACUGUCCCCAGUUAUUGUUUGGUCCUUUCCAGAGCAAGGUUCAUCUGCUUACCAACAGUUUUGGAGGACCACCUCUCUGGCAUUCUGUCUACAGUAGUUGAAGGUUCUGCCGUUGUGAAGGAACCCUCAUUGGUUCAUAACCUUUUGGUUUGUAAUUGCUAUAGAACUGACCAGACUAGACUGAUAAUCCUUCUCCUCUUGCAAUACCUGGGUAAAAUCUUCAACUGGAGUCUGACAUAUCCUUUGGCAAAUGUAAAUAAAUCAAUUACAGAUAAAGUGGCCAGAUUCCUUUUCCUAGCUUCAGAUGAACGGAAGAAAAUUAUUAUCAGAAUUCCCCCAAUCUGAUUUGAUUUUACAGUUCUUUUAGUUUUAUAUUAACUUACAUACCAGAUAGCUCUGUGGUUUAGGUCUAUGGCUGUGGAACCAGAGGUUGGGAGUUGAAUUUUACAUUCUCUUGACUGGUUAUGCUUUUCUGCUUUAUGCCAUUUUAAAAUGUACAUGUUCUGUGCUGUUUGGGUCUAAAGAGCCUUGAAGAAAAAAGAUAUGAGAAAUAGGCCCAUAGUCAUUCUCUUGUUAUACCCCUUGGAUACAAAGGUGCCCUGUUACGUACAGAAGCAGUAUCUUAUGUAUCUAUCUCAGUGUGACAAAGGGCAAGUCAUCUUUGUAAAAGAAGUUUCACAGGUAGAUGCACAAGUCCUACUUAAAAUGCCACCAUGGACACUGUUUUACUUUGUAAAACAGAACUAGUAGCCAUUUUUCUUCU